ACAAGUCCAAGAACAAUAAAAAAUUAUAUGAGAUUUACCUCUCUAUAUUUAGAGGGUAAAUCAUCCCUGGUGUAAGAGUGCAACCAGGGAGCAAGUGGUGGGCGUGUUAACUACCCUAUACUGGUCGUUGGCCGGACUCACCGAGGCUAUGAGGAGGGUGGGUUGUGUGUGGUCAACCAGUCCUCUUUGCCUCCACUCACCGCACACACCUCACUCUAUAUACCAAGAUGGAGUAUUUGUUCUUGGCUGCCGUGGUGAUGGUGGUAGCAGUUACGUCAUCAGAUGGUGGCUCUAUCUCCAACCAGGGACGACGUGUUGGGGGGAGCAGCCGUGGACCCAUCAUAUUGGGACAAUCUGGUUCUCCAUUCCAGGGAGGCAAUGGAGGAUUCCAGGGCAACAAUGGUGGCAGGGAUGUCUUCGUAGUGGGUCAAGACGGCAGUGGAGGAUUCCAGGGAGACCGCAGUGGGUUUCAGACCGGCAGUGGAGGAUUCCAGGGAGACCGCAGUGGGUUUCAGACCGGCAGUGGAGGAUUCCAGGGAGACCGCAGUGGGUUUCAGACUGGCAGCGGAGGAUUCCAGGGCAACAGUGGUGGUAGGAAGCUCUUCGUAGUGGGUCAAGACGGCAGCGGUGUAUUCCAGGGAGACCGCAGUGGGUUUCAGACCGGCAGUGGAGGAUUCCAGGGAGACCGCAGUGGGUUUCAGACCGGCAGUGGAGGAUUCCAGGGAGACCGCAGUGGGUUUCAGACCGGCAGUGGAGGAUUCCAGAGUAGACUCGGCAGCGGUGAUAUUGUAGUAGACCGAGACGGUGGCUUCCAGACCGGCAGCAGUGGCUUUCUGGGUAUCUUGGGCGGCAGUGGAGCUUUGGUAGUGGGCCCAGACGAUAGCCAGACUGGUAGUGGUGGGUUCCAGGGCGGUAACUUUGUGGGAAGUGACCGUCAACCUGUGACUGUUAGUCAGGCAGGACAGGUGGGCGGCAAGGUGUUUGUGGGCCAGCAGCAGCAGCAGGGUCGAGAGGUGACUGUGACGCAAACCAGAACCGUUGACAGAUUCGUCACCACCACUGACCUAGCCUUCAACAGAGUCUCUGUCACCAUUACCGAGUUCCAUCUACCAACUGUGACACUGACAACACGGCAGGUAUUGUUAACGCCAGUGGACGCAUUAGUAAAGGUCACAACGGUCCUGUUCGCCAGCACCUCCACACUGACGGUCACCAACGUUAACACGGACUUCCGCUUCGUGACGCAGACCUCCACCGAGAUAGUCCCAGUCAUUCACACUGCUUACGACAUCGUGCACUCCACCUUCACCUCUAACAUCGUACAGAGGGAAUUCGUGACUGCGACGUUUGUGAGGACCAACAUCGCAACUGCUACCAGCACUUUGGUUGAUAGACGCUUCGUAACUAAUGUGCAGUUCGUCCCUGCCACCUACUACUAGCAGUUAAAUGUGUUCAACACCGUUCCAUGUGUUAAAUAUUGCCAUGCCCUGUAGUUCAAAGAAUGUAAAAUAAAUAAUUUGGAUAA